GGAUCCGCAACCACCAGAACCAUGGUCCAGCGAUAGAGACGCUUUGUCUUACGGAUACAAUUGUCUUCAAGUGGAUAUGAACGACACAGUCUGCAACGAAGACUGUCUCUAUUUGAACGUGUAUACCAAUGAUAUGACGACUUCAAAGAAAAACGCUGUGAUGGUGUGGAUACAUGGUGGAGGCUUUUUUGUGGGAGACAGCACCUCGGCUUUGUACGGUCCCGAUUAUAUCAUGCGGAAGGAUGUGGUACUCGUCACCCUGAAUUACAGAUUAGGUGUUCUAGGUUUUCUCAAUUUUGAUGAGAAAAUGGCAACAGGAAAUCAGGGCUUAAAAGAUGUAGUUAUGGCGUUAAGAUGGAUUAAAAGAAAUAUAUUGCAAUUCGGUGGAGAUCCCGAUAACGUCACAAUUUUUGGUCAAAAUGCGGGUGGAGUAAUGGUUCAUUAUUUAACUAUUUCACCGUUAGCUAAAGGUUUAUUUCAUAAAGCAAUAUGUCAAAGUGGUGUCAUGACAGUUCCUUGGGCUUUCACUGAACAAGACGAUGCUAUCAAUAACGGUCUGAUGUUAGCUCAGAAGCUUGGUAAUGCGACUUUUGAUCCGGAAGACGCCUUGAAAUUUCUGAAAGACAUAGACGGAAGAAAAUUGAUAGCAGCGGAGAUUGGCUUAGAUAUUUUGCUUGCAUUUACGCCGACCGUGGAUUCCAAGUCAUCGAAUCCUUUUUUACCAGAAAAUCCAUUGCAAUUAUUACGUAAUGGAAUUGAAAUACCAAUUAUGUUCGGAUAUAAUAACCAGGAAGGCAAUUGUUUCAUUAAUGCCACUUUUGUCGGCCUGUUAAACAACGAGACUUUAAAGGAAAUUGAUUAUGAUUUCAAGAAAGCCAUAUAUCCUAGAGUUUUGCGUCAAUUACCACAACUUGGGAUCACGGUACCAGAAUUACGAUCAUUGUAUUUUGGUAAUAAAACAGUGUCGGAGGAAACUAUAAAUUAUCUUUCUGAUUUUAUCGGCGAUCAGCAUAUCUAUAGAGGCAUUAUACAAGCAAUUGAUACUCAAAUGAAUUCUAAUGUUAACGAGUCGACUUACUUGUACAAAUUUUCGUACAAAAGUGAAACCUCUCCUGUGAAGAAAAUAUUUUUUCAAAAACCGCUUUCAGGUACAUCUCACUUCGAGGAACUGGGCUAUUUAUUUUAUCCUCAUAUAGGAAAAACAUUCGGUGUGUUACCAUUUGCACGUGGUACGCCGGAUUAUAAAAUUAUGGAAUACUUAACGCAGAUGUGGACAAAUUUUGCUAAAACGGGAAAUCCAACACCUUCUUCAGCUAAUUUUACAUGGUCUCCAGUGAAAAAUGGAACUACGUAUGAUUAUUUAAAUAUUAUUAAAAAACCUCGAAUGAAGAUUCUUAUUAAAGGAAACCAACGAUGGGAUUGGGAGAACAGACUUAAAUUAUCAAAAGAGUCAUCCUUCGCCGCAUCGUCGAACAGAGUAACAGUAAAUGUGUUUGAGGGGACAUUAGUCGGCAUCGUCGAAGAAAGCAUCUAUGCUUCUUACAUUGCCUUUCGUGGAAUAUCACAUGCUAAACCUCCAGUGGGUGAUCUCAGAUUUCAAGAUCCGCAAUCACCAGAAUCAUGGUCCAGCGACAGAGACGCUUCGUCUAACGGAAACGUCUGUCUUCAGAUGGUAACGAACAUUGUCAUAGGCGAAGAAGACUGUCUCUAUUUAAACGUGUAUACCAACGAUGUAAUAUCUCCAAAGAAAAAUGCUGUGAUGGUAUGGAUACAUGGUGGAGGCUUUUUUGUGGGAGACGGUACCUCGUUGUAUUACGGUCCCGAUUAUAUCAUGCGGAAGGAUGUGGUACUCGUCACCCUGAAUUACAGAUUAGGUGUUCUAGGUUUUCUCAAUUUUUAUAAGGAAAUGGCGACAGGAAAUCAGGGCUUAAAAGAUGUAGUUAUGGCGUUAAGAUGGGUUAAAAGAAAUAUAUUGCAAUUCGGUGGAGAUCCCGAUAACGUCACAAUUUUUGGUAAAAAUGCGGGUGGAGUGAUGGUUCAUUAUCUAACUAUUUCACCGUUAGCUAAAGGUUUAUUUCAUAAAGCAAUAUGUCAAAGUGGUGUCAUGACAGUUCCUUGGGCUUUCACUGAACAAGACGAUGCUAUCAAUAACGGUCUGAUGUUAGCCCAGAAGCUUGGUAAUGCGACUUUUGAUCCGGAAGACGCCUUGAAAUUUCUGAAAGACAUAGACGGAUGAAAAUUGAUAGCAGCGGAGAAUAUUAUGUUCUUGCAGAUUGGCUUAGAUAUUUUGCUUGCAUUUACGCCGACCGUGGAUUCCAAGUCAUCGAAUCCUUUUUUACCAGAAAAUCCAUUGCAAUUAUUACGUAAUGGAAUUGAAAUGCCAAUCAUGUUCGGAUAUAAUAGCCAGGAAGGCAAUUUUUUCAUAAAUGCCCUUGUGGUCGGCCUGGUAAACAACGAGACUUUAAAGGAAAUUGAUUAUGAUUUCAAGAAAGCCAUAUAUCCUAGAGUUUUGCGUCAAUUACCACAACUUGGGAUCACGGUACCAGAAUUACGAUCAUUGUAUUUUGGUAAUAAAGCAGUGUCGGAGGAAACUAUAAAUUAUCUUUCUGAUUUUAUCGGCGAUCAGCAUAUCUAUAGAGGCAUUAUACAAGCAAUUGAUACUCAAAUGAAUUCUAAUGUUAACGAGUCGACUUACUUGUACAAAUUUUCGUACAAAAGUGAAACCUCUCCUGUGAAGAAAAUAUUUUUUCAAAAACCGCUUUCAGGUACAUCUCACUUCGAGGAACUGGGCUAUUUAUUUUAUCCUCAUAUAGGAAAAACAUUCGGUGUGUUACCAUUUGCACGUGGUACGCCGGAUUAUAAAAUUAUGGAAUACUUAACGCAGAUGUGGACAAAUUUUGCUAAAACGGGAAAUCCAACACCUUCUUCAGCUAAUUUUACAUGGUCUCCAGUGAAAAAUGGAACUACGUAUGAUUAUUUAAAUAUUAUUAAAAAACCUCGAAUGAAGAUUCUUAUUAAAGGAAACCAACGAUGGGAUUGGGAGAACAGACUUAAAUUAUCAAAAGAGUUAUCCUUCGCCGCAUCGUCGAACAGAGUAAAAGUAAAUGUGUUUGGAGGGACAUUAGUCGGCAUCGUCGAGGAAAGCAUCUAUGGUUCUUACAAUGCCUUUCGUGGAAUAUCAUAUGCUAAACCUCCAGUGGGUGAUCUCAGAUUUCAAGAUCCGCAACCACCAGAACCAUGGUCCAGCGACAGAGACGCUUCGUCUAACGGAAACGUCUGUCUUCAGAUGGUAACGAACAUUGUCAUAGGCGAAGAAGACUGUCUCUAUUUGAACGUGUAUACCAACGAUGUAAUAUUUCCAAAGAAAAGUGCUGUGAUGGUAUGGAUACAUGGUGGAGGCUUUUUUGUGGGAGACGGUACCUCGUUGUAUUACGGUCCCGAUUAUAUCAUGCGGAAGGAUGUGGUACUCGUCACCCUGAAUUACAGAUUAGGUGUUCUAGGUUUUCUCAAUUUUUAUAAGGAAAUGGCGACAGGAAAUCAGGGUUUAAAAGAUGUAGUUAUGGCGUUAAGAUGGGUUAAAAGAAAUAUAUUGCAAUUCGGUGGAGAUCCCGAUAACGUCACAAUUUUUGGUCAAAAUGCGGGUGGAGUGAUGGUUCAUUAUCUAACUAUUUCACCGUUAGCUAAAGGUUUAUUUCAUAAAGCAAUAUGUCAAAGUGGUGUCAUGACAGUUCCUUGGGCUUUCACUGAACAAGACGAUGCUAUCAAUAACGGUCUGAUGUUAGCCCAGAAGCUUGGUAAUGCGACUUUUGAUCCGGAAGACGCCUUGAAAUUUCUGAAAGACAUAGACGGAAGAAAAUUGAUAGCAGCGGAGAUUGGCUUAGAUAUUUUGCUUGCAUUUACGCCGACCGUGGAUUCCAAGUCAUCGAAUCCUUUUUUACCAGAAAAUCCAUUGCAAUUAUUACAUAAUGGAAUUGAAAUACCAAUUAUGUUCGGAUAUAAUAGCCAGGAAGGCAAUUGUUUCAUAAAUGCCACUUUUGUCGGCCUGGUAAACAACGAGACUUUAAAGGAAAUUGAUUAUGAUUUCAAGAAAGCCAUAUAUCCUAGAGUUUUGCGUCAAUUACCACAACUUGGGAUCACGGUACCAGAAUUACGAUCAUUAUAUUUUGGUAAUAAAACAGUGUCGGAGGAAACUAUAAAUUAUCUUUCUGAUUUUAUCGGCGAUCAGCAUAUCUAUAGAGGCAUUAUACAAGCAAUUGAUACUCAAAUGAAUUCUAAUGUUAACGAGUCGACUUACUUGUACAAAUUUUCGUACAAAAGUGAAACCUCUCCUGUGAAGAAAAUAUUUUUUCAAAAACCGCUUUCAGGUACAUCUCACUUCGAGGAACUGGGCUAUUUAUUUUAUCCUCAUAUAGGAAAAACAUUCGGUGUGUUACCAUUUGCACGUGGUACGCCGGAUUAUAAAAUUAUGGAAUACUUAACGCAGAUGUGGACAAAUUUUGCUAAAACGGGAAAUCCAACACCUUCUUCAGCUAAUUUUACAUGGUCUCCAGUGAAAAAUGGAACUACGUAUGAUUAUUUAAAUAUUAUUAAAAAACCUCGAAUGAAGAUUCUUAUGAAAGGAAACCAACGAUGGGAUUGGGAGAACAGACUUAAAUUAUCAAAAGAGUUAUCUUUCGCCGCAUCGUCGAACAGAGUAAAAGUAAAUGUGUUUGGAGGGACAUUAGUCGGCAUCGUCGAGGAAAGCAUCUAUGGUUCUUACAAUGCCUUUCGUGGAAUAUCAUAUGCUAAACCUCCAGUGGGUGAUCUCAGAUUUCAAGAUCCGCAGCCACCAGAACCAAGGUCCAGCGACAGAGACGCUUCGUCUAACGGAAACGUCUGUCUUCAGAGGAAAACGAACGUUGUCAUAGGCAAAGAAGACUGUCUCUAUUUGAACGUGUAUGCCAACGAUGUGACGCCUUCAAAGAAAAGUGCUGUGAUGGUGUGGAUACAUGGUGGAGACUUUUUUAUGGGAGACGGCACCUCGUUUUAUUACGGUCCCGAUUAUAUCAUGCGGAAGGAUGUGGUACUCGUCACCUUAAAUUACAGAUUAGGUGUUUUAGGUUUUCUCAAUUUUGAUGAGGAAAUGGCGCCGGGAAAUCAGGGCUUAAAAGAUGUAGUUAUGGCGUUAAGAUGGGUUCAAAACAAUAUAUUGCAAUUCGGUGGAGAUUCCGAUAACGUCACAAUUUUUGGUCAAAAUGCGGGUGGAGUGAUGGUACACUAUCUGACUAUUUCACCGUUAGCUAAAGGUUUAUUUCAUAAAGCAAUAUGUCAAAGUGGUGUCAUGACAGUUCCUUGGGCUUUUACUGAACGAGACGAUGCUAUCAAUAACGGUCUGAUGUUAGCCCAGAAACUUGGUAAUGCGACUUCAGAUCCAGAAGUCGCCUUGGAAUUUCUGAAAGAAAUAGACGGAACAAAUUUGAUAGCAGCGGAGAUUGGCUUAGAUAUUUUGCUUGCAUUUACGCCGACCGUGGAUUCCAAGUCAUCCAAUCCUUUUUUACCAGAAAAUCCAUUGCAAUUAUUACGUAAUGGAAUUGAAAUACCAAUCAUGUUUGGAUAUAAUAGCCAAGAAGGCAAUUUUUUCAUAAGUGAUAUUGUCGGCCUAGUAAACAACGAGACUUUAAAGGAAUUUAAUUCUGAUUUCAAAAAAGCCAUAUAUCCUAGAGUUUUGCGUCAAUUAUCACAAGUUGGAAUCACGGUACCGGAAUUACGAUCAUUGUAUUUUGGUAAUAAAACAGUGUCAAAGGAAACGAUAAUGAAUCUUUCUGAUUUUAUCGGCGAUCAGCAUAUCUAUAGAGGCAUUAUACAAGCAAUUGAUACUCAAAUGAAUUCUAAUGUUAACGAGUCGACUUACUUGUACAAAUUUUCGUACAAAAGUGAAACCUCUCCUGUAAAGAAAAUAUUUUUUGAAAAGGCGCUUUCAGGUACAUCUCACUUCGAGGAACUGGGCUAUUUAUUUUAUCCUCAUAUAAAAAAAUGUUUCGGUGACUUAUUAAUUGCACAUGGUACGCCGGAUUAUAAAAUAAUGGAAUACUUAACGCAGAUGUGGACAGAUUUUGCUAAAACGGGUAAUCCAACACCUUCUGCAGCUAAUUUUACAUGGACUCCAGUGAAAAAUGGCACUACGUAUGAUUAUUUAAAAAUUAAUAGAAGACCUCAAAUGAAGAUUUUUAUUAAAGAAAACCAACGAUGGGAUUGGGAGAACAGACUUAUAUUAUCAAAAGGUUAUACCAAAUUGGAACAAUUUUCUGAUACAGAACCAUUCGUUAACUACACUUCACAUAGACCUAUAGUAUGAGAUAAAAUAUGAAGAAAUCUAACUAAAAUUGAAUAGCUCUGAAAAGAAACUUUUGAUGCAAAAAACUGACAAACUAACAAAAGACUGACAGUGAGAAACAAAGUAAUGUAUCAAUGGUGACCAAAGCUCAAUCGUUUUCCCAAUUUAAUAGCCUCCUUUUUUUAAAACACAUAAUCUGUUUAUUAGG